AUGUCUUCUAAUAGUGAUCCCGAAGCUCCGGUCCGAAACGAUGAGCAAACGCCGCUGCUCAUAGACCACCAUGCCGAAACCGAACAAGCCGGUCAUACCCAGUCCGAGAUAGUGCCAGCGCCUACGCCCGAGAAAAGACCAAAGAGCUGGUAUGCUUGGAGAAUUUUCUGGGUUAUUCUAGUCAUAGUAAUCUUGGCUGUCUUUAUCAAGGGAUGGAUUGAUUCAGAUGAGACCGAGUUCGACCUCAAGAAAGCCCUCAAGCGGGCACUUGGUGGAGGACUGAGUGGUGCUGCGGCCAUGGUGUUGCAGGUUUUACUACUAAUGCCUUUGCGAACAAUUAUGAACUAUCAGUACCGCCACGGAACAUCCUUUACUCUAGCAACGAAGACUCUAUACACUGAGGGAGGUAUUCGAAGAUACUACCAAGGCAUUGCACCUGCACUGUUUCAAGGUCCCAUCUCACGAUUCGGAGAUACGGCAGCCAACGCCGGAAUCCUUGCCCUUCUGCAAUCAAACCCGUAUCUCAAGGACCUUCCCUCGCCCAUCAAGACCAUAUUCGCGUCUCUUUGUGCCGCAGCGUUCCGUAUGAUUCUCACUCCUAUCGACACUCUUAAGACAACCCUUCAAGCCCAAGGAGCAAGAGGUACAUCCCUUCUACGACGGCGCAUCAAGGCCAACGGGAUCGGUAGUCUAUGGUGGGGAGCCUUUGCUACCGCUGCUGCCACCUUUGUCGGGCAUUACCCAUGGUUCGCCACGUACAACUAUUUAUCCGAGACUAUAACAGAACCACCUAGACACCCUCUUGUCUGGUGGUUACUCCGACUCGCAUUUAUUGGCUUUUGCGCUUCCAUCGUGUCCGACUCCAUCUCAAACUCACUGAGGGUCGUCAAGACAUACCGCCAAGUCAACGACAUCAAGAUCUCAUACUCCGAAGCCGCGCGUGCUGUUGUUGUCCAAGAUGGUGUCUUUGGUCUUCUAGGUCGUGGACUGAAAACCCGCAUCUUGGCCAAUGGUCUGCAGGGAAUUCUAUUUUCUAUCCUUUGGAAACUAUUCCUGGACUUCAAUUGCGAUACCCUGGAGAACAGUGAGGACUGUAUUUAA